CUCCGGUGGGGCUGUGGCAGCCCUCCGGAGCAGCGGAAGGAGCUCGUAGUUUGGCAGCCUGCUGUUUGAAAGCACUGCUACUCGUGUCGCCAAAACCCGCGCUCUGCGCUGGCCUCUUCGUUACGUUUGUAUCCACGAACGCCUCGACUGGCACUGGUGGCCCAGCAGGCCGGGGGUGCCUCUGGGGUUCAGGGGAUGCUCAUAGAGUGUUUGAACAUUGGGGUUCGCUUGUUUAGACUUUGAAAGCAAUUAUCUGAGAAGACGAAAUGAGGCACUGUCUAAAGAGACAGACUAGCUGGGAAAUACACUUAGACAAUGACAAUUUUCUGUUUGUCUCAGGUUGUUUCAGGUGUUAUGCACGAGGACCUUGGACCUUUUUAUGGAAGAUGCAGUUUUGCAUCACCAAAACAGGCAUGUGUGUCCCUAUACUUGGGUUGUCUAGAUCUCAACUAAAAAAAAAAAAAAGCUGAUAACUUUUAUAAUAUUUUACAUCAGUACAAAAAAAGGAGGAACUUAUCCUAUAAUCUUUGCUUAACUGGAGAUGACAUUCAAUAGUAAAGCUACCAACACAUCUGCUGCAGCAUAGUAAUGCCUGCAGAAAAGGUUGUCUUUCCUUUUGGAAUUAUUGGAUUCUGCACAUAGGUCAGCUCAGCAUGUGUUUUCUAAUCCCGUUGUUAUUUAGCUCCCCAGCUGGCCCAUAACUUGUUGCAGGGUGUGACGUGAAAGCAGGCAUGCUGCUCUCCGUUUGAACUGACACAGUGUUGAAGGGAAGUCAGGAAUAGUGGUCCCCUCUGUGCAUUCUUUACCAAGAAUUCAUUACUUCUGGCUACCGUUGGGAAUAUAAUCCAUAGUUAUUUCUGUGGAAAACCUCUAACAAGUUUAGCACAUAGCAAAGUUACUUGUUAGUAAUAACUAAAAUUUUCAGAAAUACUGAAAGUAUUCAGAAUGUUACUGAUGCAAAUAAAGUUGCUUUAAUGUAGUUGCUUUUAUUAAAAAGAAGUGAGGGGGGUUUGAUUAAGUCUAAACACCAUUUAACAACCAGCACAAGCUAGAAUCCUAUAGAAAAAAUAAUGUGCUUUUUUUAGCAGCCACUUUAUUUGUGUAAGUUAGUGUAAAAAAUUGCAGCAUAUUAAUGACAUCAAGAGCAUAUCCAAAUGCUGGAAAUAAGGGGACACACUUGAAAAUUAUAGUUUUGCUAAUCCCUUCUUUUUUUUUUUUUUUUUAUUUUCUUUGCCAACAUAGGGCAUUUAAAACACCAACACAGACUUUAUCCCAGUGUGAAAGCUCCCAUUCAUUUCAGUUGGAAAUUGGAAUCUGUGACUAACUACAUGUUGAAACCAAUUAGAUAAUAAUUUCUAACUCAGGUUUUAUAAAAGGUUGCAAUUUGAUACAUCUACCUACAGUUAAAUGGAUUAAACAGGUUAUAAACAGCAGCAUUCAGAAGGGGCAGGACAGUGGACCCAGGAAGCCUUUGGGAAUAUGCAAAAUACCCUCUUCGUCUACUGGCCCAUGUCAGGUGGUGACAUUAUUUCUGGUGGGAGUGCUGUACUUAUAUUUUUGUUAACCUGAAACAACCUUCAUGUUUCUUACAUUUGAUUGUACAGAGCUGCUAAGAAUUCUAGAAGGAUCUGGGUAUUUUCACCUCCCUUAAGUAAAAAUUGAGUGUUCAGCCCUUCUGGUGGGGGCUUAGCACCUUGCAAGACCCUUGCAGUGAGGGGGAGGCAAUUCCUUGCUACCAGUCCCUCCUGCACAAGGCAGGAUGCAGUCUAGCCUAGUAUUUGUUGAUCCAUAAUAGUCUGCAUAAGUGCUGUUUAGCAAAAACUUAGUGUGUUUUUCUAUAGAUAAACCAUCCCUUUCGAUGCAAAUAUUUGCUGUUGCAAACUGUUACUGCACAUGCAACUGUGGGAGGUUGCCUGGUUUGCUGCUGAUUAGAUUUGUACAGUGAGUGACAGCCUUGGACAAAAUCCAAAUCAUACGUUAAUAUUAAUUAAACCAAUGUAAGUUAACGCAGAAUAAACAGUAAUCAGCAGCUAACUCAACAACUGUAGUAAGCUGUCCACUCUAGCCACAGGAUUCUUUGUUAGAAGAUGCCUGAUAGACACUUCACAUUACAUAUUGUUUAGAGAAAGGGAACAAAAUCAUCGCCAAGUUAUUCUUAUGUCAAGGAAAAAUACAGAAAACUUAUGGGCUUGAAAGUGCUUGAAAAAAAUUUAAGGAAGGCUUUUAAUAUUUUUUAUAACAGGAAAGGAGAGGCUGUCACUGGAAAAGAUCUGAAAAAAAAUCUUCUGAAUGCUACUUUAAAUAAGCAGAACCAUCUAGCAGCACGGUAUUUUUUUAUGAAACGGUAACUAAAGGAUGUUAAUAACUAUAUAACCCAUACAUUGGGUGCAUUCACUUAUUUUUAUUAAUUGAACGUACUUUGUAUUCUAUGCCUCAUUUAUUACAUUCUGUGUCAUAUUUGCUGUGACUGCCGGGGAAGGGUUACAAUAAAGUCAGAGGCAAUGAAGAUGGGUGCUCAUCUAACAGGUGCUCCACUCCCUUUGUUCUUUGUAUACACAUAUUCAAAUCACAUAAGGCAGGGGACAGGAUAGGGCCUGUUAACUCAUUGCUGAUUUCCCUAGCAAAUAAACCAGCAGCUGCAGGUCCAAGCCCUGGCUUAGCACUGAGAAGAAGGUGGGAUUUGUGUGGGACAGGAUGCUUUCAUGGAGCCCUUUAGCCAACUUCUUUUGGGACUUACAGUGCAAAAUAUAUUUUCUGCUUGUGGGUAUUUGUUCCGCCUUAAAGUUGACAGUGCCAUCUCAUACUAUCCAUGGUAUUGCAGGGCAACCACUCCAUCUUACUGUUGACUACAAUUUCAAUGCUACAGCUUCUGAAAUCCAGAUAAUUUGGCUUUUUGAGAGGCCUCAAAGUAAUCCAAAAUACUUGCUUGGCUCUGUAAAUCAAACAGUAGUUCCAGACUUGGAAUAUCAACACAAGUUUACCCUCAUGCCACCUAAUGCAUCUUUGAUGAUCAAUCCAUUGCGUAUCAGUGAUGAGGGCAAUUAUAUUGUAAAAGUCAAUGUCCGUGGAAACGGGACAAUAGCUGCCAGUCAAAAGAUUCAAGUAGCUGUUGAUGUUCCUGUCACAAAGCCAAUUGUACAUAGUGAACCAUCUUCAGGGGUAGUGGAGUACGUAGGGAAUAUUACAUUAAAAUGUACUGUGGAAAAAGGUACAAGGGUAAUUUACCAGUGGAUGAAAAAUGGGAAGCCUCUCCAUGCCAGCCCUAAUUACACCUUUUCAUCAAACAAUGCAACAGUUCUAAUUGUUCCUGUUGUAAAAGAAGACAUUGGGAACUACAGCUGUGUGGUAUCUAACCGUGUCAGUGCACUGGAAAGUGAGAUAAUUGCACCAACCAUAUAUUAUGGACCUUAUGGACUUAGAGUUAAAUCAGAUAAAGGUCUGAAUAUAGGGGCAGUGUUUACAGUGGACAUGGGGGAAGUUAUACUGUUUGACUGCUCAGCAGAUUCAAAUCCACCAAAUACUUAUUUGUGGAUUCAAAGGGCUGACAAUACCACUCAAGUAAUCAAAUAUGGACCCCAUCUGGAAGUUGUAUCUGAUAAAGUGGCCCAGAAGACAAUAGAUUACAUGUGCUGUGCUUUCAACAAUGUGACUGGAAAACGAGAUGAAACUCACUUCACAGUUGUCGUUACUUCUGUAGGACUGGAAAAGCUGGCCCAGAAAGGAAAAUCUUUGUCAUCUCUUGCAGUAAUAACGGGAAUUUCAUUAUUUUUGAUCCUAGCUAUGGCCUUUUUAUUCAUAUGGAAAAGAUAUCAGCCACAUAAAGUGAUACAACAGAAGCUGCAGAGCAGGCCAGAAGCUGAUUACAGAAAGGCGCAGACAUUUUCAGGACAUGAAAGUGCUUUGGAUGACUUUGGGAUAUAUGAAUUUGUCGCUAUUCCUGAUCUUGCCAGUGGUUCUAGGGUUUCAAGCCAAUCUGUUCCUGGCUCUGACUUUGUCCCAGGCCAGGAUAUGCUUAGUACAGUUUAUGAAGUUAUUCAGCAUAUUCCUGAGCAGCCGCAACAAGACCAUCAACAGUAA